GGUGCGAGGCAUGAGGAGUCACCAUGGGGCUCAUGGAAUUUGCCCUGGAGAUUGACCCGGUCACGCUGAACCUCAUCAUCCUCAUCGGCAGCUAUGUGACGCUGCUUGUGGUCUUCCUCAUCUCCUGCAUCCUGUACGACUGCCGCGGAAAAGACCCCACCAAGGAGUCCCUGGACCCGGAGCCCGCACCUGUCGCCCCCACGCAGUCGCCGAUUCGCCUGGUCGUCAUGCAGAACUCGCCCGCCUCGUCCGCACGCUAUGAGCAACACAACAACAAGUCCACCAACUACCUGCCCCACAGCACUGACAUGCGAGAGAAGAGGAGCACCCUGGUCUGAAUGGGCAAACACUGGACGUAUGAUAUACCGAUCAGAUAGACUCAGAUACAAGCAUCAGCAUGAGGGAGAAGGGGAGCACCCUGGUCUGAAUGGGCAAACACUGGACGUAUGAUAUACCGAUCAGAUAGACUCAGAUACAAGCAUCAGCAUGAGGGAGAAGGGGAGC